UUUUUUUUUUUUAAUAGAUAUAUAUUUUUUUAAUUUUCCCCCUUCUCCUGCGCGCGUGUGUGGGAACUUUCCCCCUCCCUGCCCCCCCCCGCUGUAUAUGUGACCAUGGCCGUUCCGGCUGCGCUGAUCCCUCCGGCCCCGCUGGUCCCCCCUCAGCCUCCGGUCUCAACUUCUGCCGCCUGCACCACCACCACCACCACCUCCUCGGCGGCCGCCACCUCCUCUCCGGCUCCGGCCAUCGCUCCCCCGCCGCCCGCCUCGGGGACAAACCUAUUCCGCCCGGAGCCCAUCGCAGCGCCGGCGGCGGCGGCGGCCACAGUCACCUCCACCGCCACCACCACCACCACCGGAGGCAGCGGCGGAGGCGGCGGCAGCGGCGGCGGCGGCGGCAGCCCCAGCCUGGGCAGCGGCACCGGCGGCGGCACCUCCGGCACCUCCACGCCCAACGCCGGCGCGGCCGGCAGCCUGCCCGGCAAGCCCGUGUACUCGACCCCGUCCCCGGUGGAGAACACCCCCCAGAAUAACGAGUGCAAGAUGGUGGAUCUGAGGGGGGCCAAAGUGGCCUCCUUCACCGUGGAGGGCUGCGAGCUCAUCUGCCUGCCCCAGGCGUUCGACCUCUUCCUGAAGCACUUGGUGGGGGGCUUGCACACGGUCUACACCAAGCUGAAGCGCCUGGAGAUCACGCCCGUGGUCUGCAACGUGGAGCAGGUCCGCAUCCUGCGGGGGCUGGGGGCCAUCCAGCCCGGCGUCAACCGCUGCAAACUCAUCUCCCGGAAGGAUUUCGAGACCCUCUACAACGACUGCACCAACGCCAGUUCUAGACCUGGAAGGCCUCCUAAGAGGACUCAAAGUGUCACCUCCCCAGAGAAUUCUCAUAUCAUGCCACAUUCUGUCCCAGGCCUAAUGUCUCCUGGAAUCAUCCCGCCAACAGGCUUGACAGCAGCAGCUGCAGCAGCAGCAGCUGCCACCAAUGCUGCCAUAGCAGAAGCAAUGAAAGUGAAAAAAAUUAAAUUGGAAGCUAUGUCCAACUACCAUGCAAAUAAUAACCAGCAUGGAGCAGACUCUGAAAAUGGAGAUCUGAAUUCAAGUGUUGGCAGCAGUGAUGGUUCUUGGGAUAAAGAAAAACUUCAGUCUCCCCCCACCCAAGGAUCACAGGCCUCUAUUAACCACCCCAACUUGCCUGGGCAACAUAAUGUUCCAGUUAGCCAUCCUCUCAAUCCUCUUCAACAGAACCACCUUCUGCCAAAUGGAUUGGAGCUUCCGUUUAUGAUGAUGCCCCACCCAUUAAUUCCUGUGAGCCUACCUCCAGCAUCUGUCACAAUGGCAAUGAGCCAGAUGAAUCAUCUUAGUACCAUUGCCAACAUGGCAGCAGCAGCACAAGUGCAGAGUCCUCCAUCCAGAGUUGAGACAUCUGUUAUUAAGGAACGUGUUCCAGACAGCCCUUCUCCUGCUCCUUCUCUUGAAGAGGGCCGAAGACCUGGCAGCCACCCAUCCUCUCAUCGAAGCAGCAGUGUGUCCAGCUCUCCUGCACGGACUGAGAGCUCUUCAGACAGAAUCCCAGCUGUCCAUCAGAAUGGGCUAUCUAUGAACCAAAUGCUGAUGGGUUUGUCACCUAAUGUCCUUCCUGGGCCUAAAGAAGGUGAUCUGGCUGGUCAUGACAUGGGACAUGAGUCAAAAAGAAUACACAUUGAGAAAGAUGAGACCCCGCUCUCCACACCAACUGCAAGAGACAGCCUUGACAAACUUUCUCUAACUGGGCAUGGGCAACCACUACCUCCAGGUUUUCCAUCUCCUUUUCUAUUCCCUGAUGGAUUGUCCUCCAUAGAGACCCUUCUGACUAACAUCCAGGGUCUACUAAAGGUUGCUAUAGACAAUGCCAGAGCUCAAGAGAAACAAGUCCAACUGGAAAAGACAGAGCUGAAGAUGGAGCUCUUCAGGGAACGAGAACUGAGGGAAACACUUGAGAAACAGUUGGCUGUGGAGCAGAAAAAUAGAGCAAUAAUUCAGAAAAGGUUAAAGAAGGAAAAGAAGGCAAAGAGGAAAUUGCAGGAAGCACUUGAAUUUGAGACUAAACGGCGGGAGCAAGCAGAACAGACACUGAAACAAGCAGCUUCAACAGAUAGUCUCAGGGUCCUAAAUGACUCUCUGACCCCAGAGAUAGAAGCUGACCGCAGUGGGGGCAGAACAGAUGCUGAAAGGACAAUACAAGGUUCACUAGAUGCCUAUGCCUAGCUCCCAAUCCGGUUUCCCAAGAUCCCCUCAUCCCACACAAAAAGAUGGAAGACUUUAUUUGAAAACUACUGUCAUGUAUUGAAUUUUUCCUGCUGAAGAUACCUGUGCUAUGGUAAAGAACUUUGCAGUAAGACAUUCACCCGAAUGGAGUUCUGUGGGAACAAAAUGUUUUCAACUUCAUUUACCAAUGUUCUUCAAAAGAGUAAGGAAUUCUGCAAGAGUGUCCUCCUUUGGUUAUCUCCUGUAGCUCAAGCCAGAGCUCUAGAGAAUGUUUGUAAAUGUACACUAGCAAUCUUCUUACAGUGAAAAUCUUCAUCUGUGCACCGGACUAUUGUACCAAAACUACAGGCAGGUCAGAACAAGGUUGAGUAUUCCCUUUUUCAAGGAAUGCAGACUCUGUCCUCCUCUGAUGAUUCUAUAUUUGAGCACAUCAAAUGAUCCUUCCAGCGGUGUCAAAGUACACUUACAGACCUUACAGACUGUUAUAUCAUACCGAAACCAGCAAGACAGCUCAGAAAUGAACUUGUAGAGGGCAUAAGAGGACUCUUAUUAAAAAAAAAAAAAGGAAAAAAAAAAAAAAAAAGAAGAAGAAAAAGAAAAAAAAGAGAAAAAAAGUAAAAAGAAAAAAAGAAUUGAUACAUUCAGUUUUCAGACUAUGAUCGUGGGUUUUCUUCUAAAGACAUUUUUCCAUAUGCUUUCUGAGAGACCAACACAACACAUGUAUGUAAAUCUACAUUAAGUAAAAUGGAAUUUUGUGUAAGUGAAAAGAAAUGCUGAAUGUAAACAAACUGUUUUACUAUUCACAAAGUCUCUUUUCCUAAAAUAAAUUAAAAAAAAAAAAAAAACAAUUAAAAGAGUAAUAAUUUCUCAUUGUAAA